AUGUUAAGACAGACUUGGCGCCUAUUCAAUAUUGGUGCCUUAAGUCUAGUUACAAGACGAGCAUAUAUACCUCUAAAAAGAAUUAGUCUUAUCCAGCGCCGGCGAUUGAAUUUAGCGAUUAGUCAUCGCUUUUAUUCAGCAUCAUCUACAACAGGCAAUAAGAUACCUGAUGAAGUUGCUAAUCUACCACUUCAGACCUAUCAUCAAGAAUCAGACAAAUUUUUGGAUGAUUUGCUAGAUAAGUUAGAAUUCCUUAGUGAGAAAUAUCCCAACGAAGUACCUGAUAUUGAGUUAAACCAUGGUGUCAUGACAUUAGAAGUCGCAAAAAUAGGAACUUACGUCAUCAACAAGCAGCCUCCCAAUAAACAAAUCUGGCUUGCCUCUCCAGUCUCAGGACCAGACAGAUUCGAUUUUUAUCGAGGUGAUUGGAUCUCCCUGAGAAACAACUUGAAAUUGCGUGAUGUAUUACAUCAGGAGUUGAAGGAAGUAUUACCUUCCACUGAGACUUUUAAUUUCGAAGCUGAAGUCUAA